CAGAGGCAUAGUGAGGCUUAAUCACUAGUCAUACUGAUGAUGCUUACUUUCCUUUGCUGUAUGCGGAUUGUGAAUUUCACAAGAAAGUAUUCGGAUGUCCCUGAGCAGGACGUGAAUAGCUUCUUUGGAAUCCCAACUGCUGGCUGCUGCCCCCUGGAGGGUGACGUUACUUCAGAGAGGGAAAGGAAGGCGGUGAGCAAGCGCAGAGCCCCAAGCGCCCAGCCCUAGGGCAGCGCAGCCGCCAGGAGGUGGCAGGUGGCUGGCAGGUGGCAGACCUGGGGCUGGAUCGUUGGAACCUGUUGCUGAAUCUCAGCGGGGACGCUUCUGGUUCCCAGCGCCGCCGCGGCUCUGCCCUAGCGUGGUGUGCAGGUCCAUCAUGAGUGAGAAAUGGGACUCAAACUCUUCAGAAACCUGGCACCACAUCUGGAGUGUCAAUGCCACAAAGCAUGAUCUGUACGCAGACGGCAACAUCACCUAUGUGAGCUACUAUCUCCACCAGCCUCAAGUGGCUGCAGUCUUCAUUAUUUCCUACUUUCUAAUCUUCUUCCUGUGCAUGGUGGGAAACACAGUGGUUUGCUUUAUUGUAAUGAGGAACAAACAUAUGCACACUGUCACUAAUCUCUUCAUCUUGAACCUGGCCAUAAGUGAUUUACUAGUUGGCAUAUUCUGUAUGCCUACCACGCUGCUGGACAAUAUCAUAGCAGGAUGGCCAUUUGGAAGCACAAUGUGUAAGAUAAGUGGCUUGGUCCAGGGAAUGUCUGUUGCAGCUUCAGUCUUCACUUUAGUUGCAAUAGCAGUGGACAGGUUCCGGUGUGUCGUUUAUCCUUUUAAACCAAAGCUCAGUAUCAAGACAUCAUUUGUCAUUAUUAUGAUCAUCUGGGUCCUGGCCAUCGCCAUUAUAGCCCCAUCUGCAAUAAUGUUACAUGUGAAAGAAGAAAAAUAUUACCGAGUGACACUCAACUCUCAGAAUAAAACAGGCCCAGUCUACUGGUGCCGUGAAGACUGGCCAAACCAGGAAAUGAGGAAGACCUACACCACUGUGCUGUUUGCCAACAUCUACCUGGCUCCCAUGUUCCUCAUCGUCAUCAUGUAUGGAAGGAUUGGAAUUGCACUCUUCAAGACGACGGUGCCUCACAGAGGCACACAGAACCAGGAGCAGUGGCACAUGGUGUCCAAGAAGAAGCAGAAGGUCAUUAAGAUGCUCCUGACUGUGGCCCUGCUUUUCAUCCUCUCCUGGCUGCCCCUGUGGACUCUGAUGAUGCUCUCAGACUAUGCUGACCUGUCUCCAGAUGAACUGAGGCUCAUCAACAUCUACGUCUACCCCUUUGCACACUGGCUGGCCUUUUGCAACAGCAGCGUCAACCCCAUCAUUUAUGGUUUCUUCAAUGAGAAUUUUCGCCGUGGUUUCCAAGAUGCUUUUUGCCUCCGGCUCUGCAGAAAAAGAGCGAAGUCCAAGGAAGCCUACACCCUGAGAGCUAAAAACAACAUGGUCAUAACCACAUCUCAUCUGUCGGCUCCGGAACUCACAAUUAAAAGCCCACAAGAGGAAAUUGUGCUUUGUAGCAAAAGUGCUGAAAAACCCAUACAGGAAUUAAUGACGGAAGAAUUAGAAGAACUUACCAAUAGCAAUGAGAUGUAAUGAGGGCUGGUGUGAUGAUUUUAACUCUCCUUUGUAUUAUAUAGCGAAAUACUGUUGCUUCCUAUGGCUUUGUACGGCAGUUAUUCUAAGAAUGCUAGGUGCUCUGUCUGGAAAAAAGUAAAUAAAAUGGUUUGUUUGUAAUCAAUCUUAUUGUAUUUAAAAUAUGUACAGAGAUUCAUAUACAAAUUUGCCUGGAUUAAUCUGUUUUCUAUGACCAAUUUUCAAAGCUUGCUCUUUUCCAAUUUAGCUAUUUGUGUAUCAGUCAAACAUGUAUUGUAUGUGUUUGUAACACACGCAUUUCCUUGAAUGGUGAUAUAUGAGCAGUUCUUUGCAUGAGAGCACAUUUUGUCAAUUCACCCUUUGCUUUCGAAUUUGAAAUGUUAGACUCCAGAACUAUUUAUCUGUUUGUGCUUUUUAAUGUGUACUUGGCUUUCUUAGAAAUAAGAAUUGCAAUAGCAAA